CGGCCGCCGCCAGGGGCCCCGCCCGGUGCCCCUACCCCACCCCGCGUCCCUACUGCAGCCCAGCUCCUCCCGCAGUCGCCGCGGACCAGGCCCGCACCGCCGUCAUGAUGUGCGAGGUGAUGCCCACCAUCAGCGAGGAUGGCCGGCGGGGCUCGGCGCUGGGCCCGGACGAGGCGGGCGGCGAGCUGGAGCGCCUCAUGGUCACGAUGCUCACGGAGCGCGAGCGCCUGCUGGAGACGCUGCGAGAGGCGCAGGACGGGCUGGCGACAGCGCAGCUGCGUCUGCGUGAGCUCGGCCACGAGAAGGACUCCCUGCAGCGUCAGCUCAGCAUCGCUCUGCCUCAGGAGUUUGCGGCUCUAACGAAAGAGCUUAACUUAUGUCGGGAACAGCUUCUAGAAAGAGAAGAAGAGAUCGCAGAGCUGAAGGCGGAGCGUAACAACACCCGGCUCCUUUUGGAACACCUUGAGUGCCUGGUGUCCAGGCACGAGCGCUCCCUGCGAAUGACCGUGGUGAAACGCCAGGCCCAAUCCCCUGGAGGGGUCUCCUCCGAGGUGGAGGUACUUAAGGCUCUAAAAUCCCUCUUUGAGCACCACAAGGCCCUGGAUGAAAAGGUCCGGGAAAGACUGCGGAUGGCACUGGAGAGAGUAGCUGUGCUGGAGGAGGAGUUGGAGCUGAGCAAUCAGGAGACUCUGAACCUUCGGGAUCAGCUAUCUAGAAGGCGGUCAGGGCUGGAGGAGCCAGGCAAGGACGGGGAUGGACAGACCCUUGCCAAUGGCCUGGGUCCCAUUGGAGACUCCAACCGACGUACAGCAGAGCUGGAAGAGGCGCUGGAGCGCCAGCGUGCAGAGGUGUGCCAGCUGCGGGAGCGCCUGGCAGUGCUGUGCCGUCAGAUGAGCCAGCUGGAGGAGGAGCUGGGCACUGCUCACCGCGAGCUGGGUAAGGCCGAGGAAGCUAACUCCAAGCUGCAGCGAGACCUCAAAGAGGCCCUGGCUCAGCGGGAGGAUAUGGAAGAACGCAUCACGACGCUGGAGAAGCGCUACCUGAGUGCUCAGCGCGAGGCCACAUCGCUACAUGACGCCAACGACAAGCUGGAGAACGAGCUGGCCAGCAAAGAGUCGCUGUACCGACAGAGUGAAGAGAAGAGCCGUCAGCUGGCCGAGUGGCUGGACGACGCCAAGCAGAAGCUCCAACAGACCCUGCAGAAGGCUGAGACCUUGCCGGAGAUAGAGGCUCAGCUGGCGCAGCGCGUGGCUGCUCUGAACAAGGCUGAGGAACGCCAUGGGAACUUUGAAGAGCGGCUUCGGCAGCUGGAGGCACAGCUGGAGGAGAAGAACCAGGAGCUGCAGCGGGCCCGGCAGAGGGAGAAGAUGAACGAUGACCAUAAUAAGCGACUGUCAGAGACCGUAGACAAGCUGCUGAGCGAAUCCAAUGAACGGUUACAGCUUCACCUCAAGGAACGCAUGGGGGCACUGGAGGAGAAGAACUCACUGAGUGAGGAGAUUGCUAAUAUGAAGAAACUUCAAGAUGAGCUGCUGCUGAGCAAGGAGCAGCUCUUGGCUGAGAUGGAACGGAUGCAGAUGGAGAUUGACCAGCUACGGGGGAGGCCCCCCUCCUCCUAUUCCAGGUCUCUCCCUGGCAGUGCCCUGGAGCUCCGUUACUCCCAGGCACCAACCUUACCUUCUGGUGCCCCCCUGGAUCCUUAUGGAGCUGGCAGUGGCCGGGCAGGCAAGAGGGGCCGCUGGUCAGGGGCCAAAGAUGAGUCUUCCAAGGGACAGGAUUGGGAUCGAUCUACCCCUGCCGGGUCCAUCCCACCCCCAUUCCCUGGAGAGCUAGAUGGCUCAGAUGAGGAGGAGGCCGAGGGGAUGUUCGGGGCUGAGUUGCUGUCCCCCAGUGGGCAAGCUGACGUGCAGACACUGGCCAUCAUGCUUCAGGAGCAGUUGGAAGCCAUCAACAAGGAAAUCAAGCUAAUCCAAGAAGAGAAGGAGACUACAGAGCAGCGAGCAGAAGAGCUGGAGAGCCGGGUGUCCAGUUCCGGCCUUGAUUCACUAGGUCGAUACCGCAGCAGCUGCUCACUGCCACCCUCCCUUACCACCUCCACUCUUGCCAGCCCCUCACCUCCCAGCUCUGGCCAUUCCACGCCUCGUCUGGCACCACCCAGUCCUGCCCGAGAGGGAACCGAGAAGACCAACCAUGUCCCCAAGGAGGAAGCUGGUGUUCCACGAGGGGAAGGCCCAGCUAUUCCCGGAGACACCCCACCACCCACUCCUCGCUCUGCUCGUCUUGAGAGAAUGACCCAGGCUUUGGCACUGCAGGCGGGGUCCCUAGAAGAUGGGGCUCCUCCCCGGGGAAGUGAGGGCACCCCAGAUUCCCUCCACAAAGCCCCGAAGAAGAAGAGCAUCAAGUCUUCUAUAGGUCGGCUCUUUGGCAAGAAAGAAAAGGGCCGCAUGGGACCCCCAGGCCGGGAAAGUGCAUCUCUGGCUGGGACACCUUCUGACGAAACACUGGCCACUGACCCUCUGGGGCUAUCCAAGCUGACUGGCCCAGGAGAUAAGGACAGGAGGAACAAGAGGAAGCACGAACUUCUGGAAGAAGCCUGUCGCCAGGGCCUGCCUUUUGCUGCCUGGGAUGGCCCCACCGUGGUCUCCUGGCUAGAGCUCUGGGUGGGCAUGCCUGCCUGGUAUGUGGCCGCCUGCCGGGCCAAUGUCAAGAGCGGCGCCAUCAUGGCCAACCUGUCAGACACGGAGAUCCAGAGGGAAAUUGGCAUCAGCAACCCCCUGCACAGGCUCAAGCUACGCCUCGCCAUUCAGGAGAUGGUGUCGCUCACAUCACCCUCAGCACCCGCUUCCUCCCGCACUCCCACAGGAAACGUGUGGAUGACACAUGAGGAGAUGGAGUCCCUGACAGCAGCUACGAAACCUGAGACCAAGGAGAUCAGCUGGGAGCAGAUCCUGGCAUAUGGCGACAUGAACCACGAGUGGGUGGGGAACGACUGGUUGCCCAGCCUUGGGUUGCCCCAGUACCGAAGCUAUUUCAUGGAGUCACUGGUGGAUGCUCGGAUGUUGGACCAUCUGAACAAGAAGGAACUGCGAGGCCAACUCAAGAUGGUGGACAGCUUCCACAGGGUUAGUCUGCACUAUGGUAUCAUGUGCCUAAAACGGCUCAACUAUGACCGGAAGGACCUGGAGCGGAGGAGGGAAGAGAGCCAGACGCAAAUCAGAGACGUGAUGGUGUGGUCCAACGAACGGGUCAUGGGUUGGGUGUCUGGGCUCGGCCUGAAGGAAUUCGCUACUAAUCUCACCGAGAGUGGGGUGCACGGGGCGCUGCUGGCCCUGGAUGAAACCUUCGACUACUCUGACCUGGCUUUGCUUCUACAGAUACCUACACAGAACGCACAGGCCCGGCAACUGCUGGAGAAAGAAUUCAGCAACCUCAUCUCCCUAGGCACAGACAGACGGCUGGAUGAGGACAGUGCCAAGUCCUUCAGCCGCUCCCCAUCUUGGAGGAAGAUGUUCCGAGAGAAGGACCUCAGGGGUGUAACCCCCGACUCCGCUGAGAUGUUACCCCCCAAUUUUCGGUCAGCUGCAGCAGGAGCCCUAGGCUCACCGGGGCUCCCACUCCGCAAACUGCAGCCUGAAGGCCAGACUUCUGGGAGUUCACGAGCAGAUGGUGUUUCCGUGCGGACUUAUUCCUGCUAGUGUAUGCACCUCCAAGUGGCGACUCUGCAGGCAAGUGGCCUCACUGUCACUUGGAUGAAGACCCUCCCAAAGGCUGGGCCGUUUUCCCUCCUUUGUAGAGUAUUGUCUAGACGGAGACCACCAUGAGGGAGCUCGCACUGCGGACUGCACCAUCUAUACACACAGCCGGUGUGCUUGUUCCCGCCUCCCAAAUGGACUGGGCCUGGACCAAACCACAGGAAAUGGACUAAGGGGGGGCAGCGGAAGAAGAGGACAGGAAGAAAUCCCACCCCAAUCUUCCGCCUCCCUUUUCUCUACUUUGUAAUUUAUUGAACCGUUUAGGAUGGGAGACAGGCACCCCGCACCUGCGGAAAGAGGGCGGGGCUUCCCUCUUGGGCCGCAUGCGGGGAGAGGCUGCCCCUCCCUUUCUCUCGCCCAGUCGCGGGGCCCAAGUCUUCCUUCUUCGUCUGCUAGGAGGGGAGGGGAGACUCGCUGCUACAAGCCUCGCCCCCAUGUGCCACUCAGCCCUGCCCCGCUGCGCUUGGUCGCCAGUCCUCGGGGGUCAUCUUGAGCGGGGUCCCCUGUCCCCCCUCCCGUGUCUCGUGUCCCACGGGGCCUCCCGGCCCCCGUGCUAUGGCGGUGUCUGUGCCCAAGGGUCAGGGACGCUGCACUGCGUUCCCAGUUUUCCUCUGCCUCUGGGGUUUGCAUGGGGAAAUCCCUCUGUCAACUAUGCCGCUGGGUGACGUGGCGUGGGGAGAGGACGGACAGCGGGGAGCCCCCUCACCCCGACUCUCAGGGGGCCUCCCGGCCCCAGGCGUUACUCAGUGAUCACGGGUAAAGACCUACUGUUUCAAAA